GAGUCGGCUUAAAACGCAAUAUUUAUAAAACUUCUUAUAAAACAGAAAACGGAGUUUGCAAUUUCACAAUUCACAUACCGAAAUCAAAAACGAUUUAUAAUUUAUCAGAGCAGUGAAAGAGAAACUGUUGCCGUGACGGCUGGCUUUUCAAAUUAGAAUUCUCUAUCAACAUAUAUAAACUCUGCAUCACCUCAAAAGUGUUUUCAUCAUUUUGAGUUUUGACAACACUUUUUAUUAAUAUUAUUGACCUACAAAGAGAUAUUUCAAUUUACAUGUGCCGUCUCAAGGUGGCGAAUCGAAGAGGCUCAAACGAGGAUAGCAGGUUUAAUAAUCCGGCUGGCGAUCAUGGCGGCGGCGGAGGAGGAGGGGAUGAUGAUGAUCAUCAAGAUGAGAGUCAAGAAAUAGAGUCGCAAUUAUCUCAUUUUCGUGGACCGAGUAAUAAUCCGCAAACGUUCGGAAGUGAAAGUGAAUCUUUGUUGAGUUACAGUCGCGCUGGUGAGUUGUCUGCAAUGGUUUCGGCGCUUACUCGAGUUGUUUCGGGUUCGGGUUCGGGUUCCGGGCAGCGAGCUGGCGGUCAAAUUACAACGUCAAGUGGUUUCGGCCACAGCGUCACCGCUGCUUCUUCUUUAACUUCUUCUUCUUCAGCUGGUUCGGGUUCUGGUUCAGGGUUUUGGAUUGGACAAAAGAGAGGAAGAGAAGAAGAGAGUUUAGCUGAGUCCGUUCAAAGGGUUUAUCGAGGGUUUGGCCGUGGAGAUUCAUCUUCAUCCGGUGCAUCUGUAACAGAAGAACCAACCGCCAUUGCAGCACCACCCCCAUCCGCCACUACAGCCACGGCCAGCACGGCCGCGACAGAGAGUAGUGUAUCCUACGAAGAGACCGGGGAACGAAGUAGGAGAUACAGGGGAGUGAGGCAGAGACCAUGGGGCAAAUGGGCUGCGGAGAUUCGAGACCCGCACAAAGCCGCAAGAGUCUGGCUCGGCACCUUCGACACCGCCGAAGCCGCCGCCAGAGCGUACGACGAAGCAGCCUUGAGGUUCAGAGGCAACCGCGCCAAACUCAAUUUCCCGGAAAAUGUUCGACUCGUAACUCCCCCACAACCCCAACAACAACAACAACAACAAAAUUUUCCCUCCAGCCAAACACCUCCUGGAUCGUCUUUAACUUCUUUAACAUCAUAUCAACCUCACCAACAAGCCGCAAUGACGACGAUAGCAACCGCCGUUACACCGCCUCCAAUGCCGCCGUUUUUCAUGUCGCAAAAUUAUCAAGACUAUUAUGACUACUCUCAACUCUUGCAAAACCAACCCCCUCAAAUCUUUCAAAACCAACCCCCGAGUUUGUUGCAACAACUCCUUCAGUCCAAUACACAAAUGGGUUCCUCCGUUCAAUCGCCAUUGUUGUCUUCUUCUUCUUCUCCGUCUUAUUUAGUCGGGCCACCUUCAUCUUCCGGAUCGUCUUCCUCCUCAACAUUUCCUCUGCUUUUCGGUGAGCAGAGUUUUCUAAGGCCACCCCAGAGUAAUACUAAUCAAAAUCAGAGUAGCGGGUCGAAUUUUCAAGUGCCGCCAUGGACGCAUUCAAGUCACUAUCCUCCUUCUUCAGGUGGAUAAUAUUUGAAUAACCUGAUCAUAUAUAUAUUUUUUUUUAAAUUUCAAAAGCAAAAAUGUUCAACAAUUUUUUUUUUUAAUAUAAUUUGCAUGUAAUUUUGGUUUA